CAGACUACAAGUGCCAAAAUGUAAAGUAAAGCUUCGCUUCCUGUCUUUUCCCUUUGGAUAAAAUAGGCCCUCUUAUAAAUUCUAUUUGGUUACAUUUAUUAUUGUCGUCGGAAUUAUAUUGCAUUGGUGUAGACACGGGUGGUCCAUUCCAAAAUCGUCAUACCUGGCUGAGGUUAAAAGAAUUCAUGUCAUCAUGAGCCAAGGCCAACAGGGGUAACCACCAUCUCUGGACAGUAUAGUGUUGCUGUAAACUGCAGCUUCAAAAGUGCGCUACAUCUCCGAGAUGUCGAAGUACUGAUGAGGCCCAGAAAGCCUAACUGGUCAACAGAGCAAAAGCUGCUUUUGGUGCAGCUAGUGAAAGCCAGAAGGGAAGGUCUACUGACUGGAAGGCAUUCUUGCCGUGAGACAGCAACUAGCCGAAGAUGGGCAUGGGAUGAGAUUGCAGAGGAAAUCUCCACUGCCCAUCCUGAUGUUCCCCGUACAGGAAAGGAGUGUGAGAGACACUGGUUUAUAGAGCAAGCCAAAGCCAGAGAGGCUAUGCUAACCCAAAAGUCACCUACAGAACAUAUUAAUCCAGUGACCAAACUAGUGCUGGAAAUCCUUCGACUGCAGAAAAAUGAUACAGAUUUUAGAGAUGGGAAUGACGAAGACAGUACAAGCUGUCAAGAGGAAGAGGAAGAACAAAUGGAAGUGAAAUAUGUUCCAACUACAGUUACACCUUUAAUAAACAUUGAGAUGCCCUUAAAUCACACAACUAAUAAUAGUGAAGAGAAUACUCCUGCCAGUCCCCAGUGCCCACGGUCACCCUCUGCAGAAAAAAAGACCCUAGAGAUCUCUGUUCUUCGCCGUCAAGAACGUGUGUUACAGUUGCAGGAGGAAUACUAUUCCCUCAAAAUCAAACAUCUUAAAGCACGGAUGUUGAUGGACCUUUGAUGGGACAGUGAGGGUGUAUGGGGAGAAAAGACAAUUAUUGUAUUAAAAAUACAAGGAAUUCUAGGUCUAGAUUUCUAUUAUCAUAGCUGUGGCUUUGUUUAUCUGUUAUCAAAAACUGAUUAUAUGGACCGCAAUUCUGUUUUAAUCUGAUUAGUCUCCGGAGAUGCAGAAUGAAUUCUAUUGUGUGUUGUACACUGUACGUGUGGGCUUCAUGAGAAAUGAUUUCACCAGUAGAUGACACGGUAGUAAUUUAUCUUUUUACUUGUAAAACUGUAUUUAUAAUGUAGACAUCCAGGUGGCCGUUGUAAAGACACUGCUAUUAUCUGCUGUUCCAAGUUUUGUCUGCCUGAUAAGAGCUAAUCAUUUUAAUUGUACAACUAGUUUUAGCUGUAAACGUAUGAGCAAUAUAAAUGUAAAGGCAGGAGGCAGAAACUGAAAGGUUUUAGAUGUAUUUCUCAAAAAUAUGUUCUAAUUCCAGGUAGGAGUCUGUAGUUUGCAGGCCAAGUUUAGUGCUGCACUGACAAACACUUUAAUAUAACAACAUAGUAAAACUGUAUGUAUGUUUAUGUUCUCUGUGAGAGGCUGUGAUGCUAGUUUUGCUGUUUCAGCUGUCGGUAUUCCACUGCGAGUCUAGUUCAGACCUGGUAUCUACAUCUAUCUCAGGUGAGGAGUUGUACAAUAAGAAUUAUAAAUGUUCACACCUGAUAUUUUCAUGCUUCGAAUGUGUGUGUGUGUAGCCAAUGCCAAAUGAAAACACCUUCCAAUCUUAUUUGCUAAAAAAUCACUACAUACUGAGGGUCUCUAAAAGUUUUGCACAUAGUACAAUAUUCCCAUCUAUUGUGCAGAAUUAUUUUUACAGGAUAUGCUCAUCUUAUCAUGCUUAAUAUAAGUUACAUACAUUAAAAGAAAAGGAAGUAACCUGACCUUUGAAUUCACAAGUCUUAGAUUUGUGACACAAAAGCAAUCAAGUGGUUGGUCUCUUUGGUCAGCAAAAAAAAUUUGUAAUACCAAAUUUUGCCUUGCUUUUUUAUAAUGCUAAUAUUUUAAUUAGUUACAUUACAUAUUUUCCUCUUCCUUGAGGUGGAUGGCUUACAACAGUAUAAGACCGUAUCAUGUUCCAUUAUUCUAACAUAGUUUUUUUUGCAUUGUGCUGCUAAAACUUCAUUGGCUGAUUAGAUAACUGCAAAAAUGUACAAAUGUUAACUAGAACAUAUUAGGGCCAAGAUAUUAUUUAUAGGGUAACUUGUUUUUGAGUUUUGUAUUAAACACACUUCAUUCAGUUGAUCAGGCAAUUGAAACCUUCAUCACAACUCCUUCAGCUCACUUAACAAAUCUUUAUUAAGUGCUAAAGGGUGUAGUGGAUGCAGAGCCUAUCCGAAGACCAUUAGGUAUGACAUCAAUUCAUCUAGUGCACCAUAGAGACACAUACUGAAGGAAAAAUGCAUGUAGCCAAUCUACCUGUAGGUAUGUUUUUGGGAGGUGGGAGGACUUCCACAAAGACUUAUUAUGGGACCCCAGACUCCCUUUGAAAACCACUCUUCUAGUACAGAAUUUCCAAUCUGUUGCAUGGAAAUGUAGUUGCUGUGUGCAUUCUGACUUAUUGUAUGCUUAAUUUAUAUUGGUUUAAAUAGUUUGUAUUAUAUUUUAAUAACGGUACAUCAAAAACCAAUAAGAGCAUUUCAUUUACAA